AUGCCCACCAAAAGGAUCGGCAUCCACGCAGGGGCCCCGAACGCCGAAGGGUCGCUGGAUCUCAUGCGCCGCGCCGAAGCAGCCGGCGCGCACGCCGCGUGGCUCACCACAGGCGGCACCGGUCUUGACGCCCUGACCCUGUUCGCGGCGGCCGCGGUGCAGACGGACAAGAUCGUAUUCGGGACGUCCAUUGUCCCGACCUAUCCACGCCAUCCAAUCGUGGCAGCCCAGCAGGUGCAGGUUCUGGACCAGUUGGCGCCCGGAAGGCUGCGCCUGGGAGUGGGCCCGAGCCACCGGCCGACCAUGCGCUCGAUGUUCGGCUUCAACCUGCGCCGGCCGCUGACCAAUCUGCGCGAAUACUUGCUGAUCCUACGCGCCCUUUUGCACCAGGGUUCGGUGGACUUCGAUGGCAAGGAAUACACGGCCCACGCCAGCAUCCCGCGGCCAGUGGACGUGCCGGUGAUGGCGUCUGCGCUGCAGGAAGGCUCCUACGAGUUGUGCGGCGAGAUCGCCGACGGGGCCAUCAGCUGGGUCAGCCCAGCGGUUUACCUCCGGGACACGGCGCUUCCGGCGAUGCGUCGGGGUUCCGACCAAGCCAGCCGAGAAACUCCCCCGCUGAUCGCGCACGUACCCGUGUGCAUCAGCGACAACGCCGACGCAACCCGGGCCGCGGUCCAGCAACAGCUGUCCAACUAUCCGAGACUGCCCUACUACCAACGCAUGUGGGCGGCAGCGGGCUACCCGGAGGCAGCGGAAGAGACUUGGAGCGACGGCAUGAUCGAGGCCACGGUGCUCACCGGGGACGCCGACACCGUCGGCGAGCGCAUGGUGGCGAUGCUGGAUAUGGGCAUAUCCGAACUGCUGGUGACACCGGUCACGGCCGGCGACGAUCCGGCGGCGGACAUGGAACAGACCAUCAGUCUGCUUGGCAAGGUCGCGCAAUCACUGUAG